AUGGGGUUUACCGACUUUGUGCGAGACACGUUUGCGUGGAAGGCGAUCCGAAUGGCCACGGGGGGCCGGUCCCCCGCCUUCCAGUACUUUGACGAGCGCCAUCCCCUGAUCCGCCAACGAUACACCGAAAAGGUCUAUGAUCGAGCCGCCUCGGCAUUUUCUUAUGCAUCAAGACAUACUGAGGUACGGGGACAGUCGCUGGACUACUAUGGGAAGGGGGCUGACAACGAGUUCAUCAAUCAGACGAUAAGCCGCACGACGUGGGAGAAGUAUGGAAUCGAGAACAGAAGGGGGCUGCAUCUCGUCGAGUUCUUGCCGAACGAUCCGGAGAACCCGCGAAACUGGUCCGGCUUUAAGAAGGCCGUGGUCAGCUUCGAGUUGUGCCUUCUCAUCAUCGCCGUAUACGCCGGGGCAUCCAUCUAUACCGUGGGGGUCCAUGGCGUUCAGGUGCAUUUCGGCGUCUCGGACGUUGUCGCCCUCCUUGGGUUGACGGUCUUCGUCCUAGGAUAUGGACUCGGCCCCAUGGUAUGGAGUCCGUUAUCCGAGGUCCCCCAAAUAGGCCGAAACUCCGUUUACAUCCCCGCCCUCAUCAUCUUCACCCUCGCCCAGAUCCCGACUGCGCUGGCCACCAACUUCGGCAUGCUCCUCGGGUUCCGCUUCGUCGCCGGCUUCUUCGGGUCCCCGAUCCUUGGAUCUGCCGACGGCAUACUGACGGACCUUUACGCCACGCGGAAGCACACCUAUGUGAUGGCAAGCUUUGCGCUCCUCGGCAUCUGCGGGCCCACGCUAGGUCCCAUCAUCGGCGGGUUCGCGGUACAGGUCAAAGACUGGACGUGGACCGCCUGGAUCAUCUGCUGGUUCGGUGCAUUCAUCCUCAUCGUCCUGGUCUUCUUCCUCCCCGAGACAAGCGCCGACAACAUCCUUUACCGGCGGACUAUGCGUCUCCGAAGGGCCACCGGCGACCUAGGCUUUGUCUGCGAGGCGCAGCUCAAGGCGGACAGCAUGCGAGGCGCCGAGGUCCUCAAGGUGCACCUCGUCCGACCCUUCACGCUGGUGCUGACGGAGCCGACCGUCUUCUUCGUCAACAUGUACACCUCGUUAACGUACGGCCUCAUGUACAUCUGGUUUGAGGCCCUGCCGCUGGCCUACAAGAUGGUAUACCACUUCGAUACCGGAACACAGAGCCUGGCGCUCCUGGGGCUCAUUGUCGGCGUUUUGAUCACCAUCCCUCCAUUCUUCCUCUAUUACCGGUUGCGUCUGGAGCCCAGAUAUAACCGUAACGGGAACAUCGAGCCGGAAAAGCAUCUCCAUGCCGCCAUGAUUGGGUGUCUGUUAAUCCCGGCCAGCCUGGUCUGGUUCGGAUGGACCGCGAAGCCCUCGUUCCACUGGGCGAUCCCCAUCGUAGGCUCCGCGUUCUUCACGGCCGGUGCCCUGCUGCUGUACAUUUCGUUCCUGAACUACCUCUCGGAGUCGUACCCGGACCACAUCGCCUCCGUCCUCGCCGGGAACGAACUGUUCACCAGCAUGUGCGGGGCGACGUUCCCUCUGUUGAUACCGAUCUUGUACUACAAGUUCCAAGUCCUGGGGUCGAGUAUGAUCCUGGCCAUCUUCGCUGUCGCGUUUGUGCCUCUUCCCUAUAUACUCUACAUGCGAGGCUCCAGACUUAGGAGACGCAGUCCUUAUGCCAAGACAGGAUAG